UUCUCGGCCUUUUGGCUAAGAUCAAGUGUAGUAUCUGUUCUUAUCAGUUUAAUAUCUGAUACGUGGACCAUCGGUCCACAUGAUAUUAAAUUAAUUUCUUUUGGGGGCAGGUGCCAAUGGCCAGCUUGCUGGUCGGCCCUGCAAGCGUCGCCUCGGUAUUGCACUAACUCCGGGGAAGGCGCACCCCUCCCCCAACGGGGGUCCAAAUAAAAACUGAAACGAGAACAACUCACUUGUCGCAUAACACUCGUUGCGUCCCAUCGCGCGUCGUCACUUGCUCGAAAUUUGUAACGUCAAGUAGAUUCGUUUCUUCAAAUCCCGUUCCCUCGUGUUCUGGCCGCCUCGUAGCUUCCGUUCCCGCGCUCUGCCACCAUUCUCUAACGUUCUUUUUUAGGGACGACCUCGCGACAUGCGAACAAGGUGAUUAACUAAACUUAGCGCCCCCUUUCACACUCACAGCCGAGGCGACGACACCGCACGCGAAACUCACACGUUAAACGACACCGCUUAUCGCCUUGCUCCGCGCUGCUCUUUCCGGCAGCUAUUUAUACUCAAUUUUCUGCUUUAUGGCUGCCUGACUUAUUACAUGCCGGUCUCUCUGGUCGCCAACCAGCCGCGUUGACCGCAACUCCUGGGAUGAAACGGGCGUUGUCGAAGUGGCUUAUCAGAAAUUGGUCGCAACAGCAAACGGACGUCCAUCUAAAAUAGCCGUCCCCGCUCUGCUUCAAGGAUAUGCGUACAGGCUUAUCGGCAUGUGUACUAAAAUUCUCUCUUGAGCGCCUGAAGUUCUAUGAUAUUCAUAUGGAAUCUCAUUACUUGCUCGUCGUAAUCCGCCACCCUCUUAAAUCUGCCCACAACACCUACACCCUGACUGCUGAAGCAGCGGGAUGGGGAACCCAAGCAGUCCGACUGACGCGCGGGAAGCAACCUCGUCACCCCUACCGAAAUCCAUUGUCAUCUUGGGGCACGUUUUACCAGGAAUGGUCAUCUGCUCACUCUCUUCUCGAUUCACGACAUGCUAUUGCGCCCAUCACUCUAUUUCCCACGUGUCCUGCCACAACUGAUGCCUCCCCGCAACCUCGCCAGUUGUUGCCGUCUACAUCACAUUCAGCCGUGUGUUGAGAAGUUCGGACUGCGCACAAGCUUGCCAAAUGUUCCCCCCACUAAUAGUGCCAACCUCCUUGGCACUGCUUGACGCCUGCUGAUCAGCGUGGUUGUAUCUUCCCGCCUCGCCUGUUGAUGCCACUCGCCCUGCAAUGCAUUCUCAAGGUCAGGCCACGUAUUGCCGAUUUCCUUGGCAGUGCUGAGGUUCGCCACGACUCCACAGAUCAAACCAUGGCCUAUGGGUCUGGGUUUUCAGGCAUCUACUUGAAAAGAGAAAGCCAUGCUGCCGCCUGCUGGUCAGAUCAGGGCCUAGAUCUCGGGCGCCUGCAGAAAAUUAGAGGAAAGGAAAACAAUCCUGCCACUUCCUGUGUGUUCCAGACUCACGGGAUGUUGCCAUUCACUUUCCGCUGCAUUAAAAAGCAUCCCAGCAGCAUCUUGUGUGUUGGCAGUAACAAGCUUCUACAUGGCAGCAAAUGGUCGGUCUUCAGCCAGCAUGGCAGCAAAUGGUAGGUCUCCAGCCAGCAUGGCAGCACAUGGUAGGUCUCCAGCCAGCAUGGCAGCACAUGAUCCUGUCUAUUGGCUGCAGAAAUACCAAUUGACGGAUCUGUAUACUUGUUGCUUUCAGCAUGAGAAUAUACAAAACAAGUAGUGCUCAUUCGCCUCAGCUGUCCACAUCACCUCUUACGAGCUGCUGGCCUCAAUCACUCACCAAAUGGCAAUUUCAAUCCCCUUGUGUGUGCACAUGGCAUCUGCACCGCAACUACUUUCCAGUUCAACGUAACCAAGGAGUGGCUGUCACAAAUCUAUCCCAAAUGUUGGAAUAGCGAAGGAAAAGGUGUGACUAGGAAGGGGAGAGGGGAGAUACAAGUAGAGUGUUAUCCCCUCUAAGAGCUGACCUAGUUAGGCUAUAUAUAUGUAUACAUAGCAAUAUAUGUUUGUUGACACA